AACCAUGGCUUCCCUCCAAUCCUCAUUCACGGCGCGCCCCACCAUCCCCACCACCCGCAUUCCGCCAUCCCAGCUCGCCGCCACCAAACGCUCUGUCGUCUCAUGCAGCGGUGGCGGCGUUGACCGGAGGAACAUGCUCCUCGGCCUCGGCGGCCUGUACGGCGCCACCAGCCUCGUCCCCGGCCAGAAGGCCGAGGCGAGCCCCAUCCUCCCUCCCGACCUCAGCACGUGCGACCCGAAAGGCGCGUGGACUACCAAGGGCACUGAGGUAGUCGUUCUGGACGUCAACUGCUGCCCGCCCUACACCGACGUCCAGACCGACUACAAGCUCCCCAGGGUCACCAAGCCCCGGGUCAGGCCGGCCGCGCACCGGAUCAACAAGGAGUACUUGGCCAAGUACGAGCUCGCCAUCAAGAGGAUGAGGGACCUCGACGUGACCGAUCCGGACGACCCCCGGGGCUUCACCCAGCAAGCCAACAUCCACUGCGCUUACUGCAACGGCCCCUACGACCAGAUCGGCUUCCCCGGCCUCGAUCUCCAGGUGCACAACUCGUGGAUAUUCUUCGCCUUCCACAGGUGGUACCUCUACUUCUACGAGAGGAUCAUGGGCGAACUCAUCGGGGACCCCACCUUCGCCCUGCCCUACUGGAACUGGGACAACCCCAGGGGAAUGCAGAUUCCCCCGGCUUUCGACAACGAAAAAUCUCCACUUUAUGACAUCAACCGCGACCCGACGCAUCGGCCCCCGGCCCUGGUCACGCUGACCAUGACCAACCCGCCCGUGACCGACCCUGUCCAGAUCAUCGCCAACAACCUGACGCAGAUGUACAAGGAGAUGAUCGGCGACGUGGAGUCCGCCAUCGACUUCAUGGGCGACCCCUACAGCGCCGGGGACGCCCCCCCGGCCCGCGCCAGCGGGGGAUCGUCCGAGGGCGGGUCCCACGCCGGCGUCCACGUCUGGACCGGAAACCCCAACAACAGCAACCGCGAGGACAUGGGGAACUUCUACUCGGCCGGGCGGGACCCGAUCUUCUACUCCCACCACGCCAACGUCGACAGAAUGUGGACUAUCUGGAAAGACAUCCCGGCGAACUACUCCAAGGACAUCAACGAGGCCGAUUUCAAGGACGCGGCCUUCAUGUUCUACGACGAGAAGAAGAACCUGGUCCGCGUCAAGGUGGCCGACUGCCUGGACUACAGGAAAAUGGGGUACAAGUAUGAGCACAGCGACACUCCAUGGAUGGCCUACCGGCCGGCCCAGAGGGCCGUCCCGGUGGACAUCAAGAAGCUGAGCAAGAAUGCGAAGAGGCCAGACAGACUCUUCCCUCUCAGGCUGAACAAGACUGUGAGGAUUCUGGUGCCUAAGCCGACCAAGGGCGCGGCCGAUGAAGUGCUUGUGCUUGAGAAGAUUGUCGCGGACAGCACCAAGCUCAUCCGGUUUGAUGUGUUCGUCAACGAUGAGGACGACAAGCCGCAGGAGCUUGAUAGAGCUGAGUAUUUGGGAGGAUUCACUCAAGUGCCGCACAGGGCGAGGGCGCAGGAGAGCGCGAGCGAUCUCAGGUUGAACUUGAAGGAGCUCUACGAGAAUAUUAACAUUGGCGAUGAUGAUUCCAUCGUCGUCACCAUUGUACCGCACAUUAACGGGGACGAAGUCACCAUUGGUGGCAUCAAGAUCAUCCCACGCGUUGCGGCUUGAUUCGUCGAUUUCUCCUUUGGAGUUCGUUGCUCUGUUUUCGAGUUGUUUGAAUAAGACUUGUGUGUUUCAAUAAAAAUGUUUCCAAUUUCGUGAUCCUUUGUAUCUUCUUCGAGAUAUGAAAUGGAUUAAUGAAACAUUUCUUUUAAUCAUAAUGCCAAGUAUUCUUGUUUCUUCUCA